GUCAAGUGUCAGUGUCAUUAAUUGAUGAAUGUUGUGAGUUGUUCUGUCGGUUCCUGUCUUUGUUUAUUUGGAUUAAUCUAGUAUUUCACGUAGUUAAAUUAUUAUGCCGAAAGUACGUCGCAGCCGCAAACCCCCUCCAGAGGGAUGGGAACUCAUUGAACCGACAUUGGAGGAGUUGGAACAGAAGAUGCGAGAAGCCGAAACUGAACCACAUGAAGGCAAACGCAAGCAGGAGUCACUGUGGCCAAUUUUUAAAAUUCACCAUCAAAAGUCGCGUUACAUCUAUGACUUGUUCUAUAGACGCAAAGCUAUCAGCAGAGAGCUGUACCAGUACUGUUUGGAUGAGAAAAUAGCGGAUGCCAAUCUCAUAGCAAAGUGGAAGAAGACUGGUUAUGAAAACUUAUGUUGUUUGCGGUGUAUUCAGACCAGAGACACUAACUUUGCCACUAACUGCAUAUGUAGGGUCCCUAAAAGCAAGUUAGAAGAAGGCAGAAUAGUUGAGUGUGUUCACUGUGGAUGCAGAGGAUGCUCAGGAUAAGUGAGAUUGUAGUCAGUAAACUUAAUUUUAGUAAUGCUUUUUCUUCGGUGUCAAGAAACCAUUUUUUAUAAACUUUUCACAUUUGAAAUUGGAGCAAUAUAUCUAGACUGAUACUAAUAUUACCUAUUCAGUCCCAAAACUUGUUUUCUUCAAUAAAUGUAUUGCUAACCAAGUGAUAAAUUGCUGUUAUUUAUUU